CGCGAAAUCUUCUGAUUGUCAUUGACCACACAACACAAAACUGGACGUAGAUAAAGAACAAUAACAAAUGUUGUUGUGUUUGGCAUGUUAAAAAGUCUGUUGACACUUAAAAAAAAUUGUGGGGUAGUCAGCUCGUUUACCUCGAAAAAAGGAAUUCAAAAUAUAUUAAUGGAUUUGGUUGGGAACACGAAUAAAGCCACAAAACGGGCCCCAGAAGCGGUUUUUUACAAUUCGCCAAAGAAGGUGAAUUUCAAUGGCAUUACUCCAUUGAAAAAUUUCAAAGAUGUAGAAACGCCAGCUGAUCGUCCGUUUAGGGUGUCAAUUGAAGGGAAUAUUGGAGCUGGUAAAUCCACACUAAUAAAAUAUUUUGAGAAUAUGCCUGGCAUAGAAACUUAUCCUGAGCCAAUUGAAUGGUGGAGAGAUUUAGAUGGUUAUAAUUUGCUUGAUUUGUUAUAUAAAGACAUUCAUGAGUGGUUAAGGGUUUUUCAAAGUUAUGUAAUGUUGACAAGGUUGAAAAUACAAUCUGCCAAGCCAAAAAGUUCAAGCACAACUGUACAAAUGUUUGAAAGGUCUGUGCAGAAUAACCGGUACUGUUUUUUGGUGCAAGCCUAUGAAAAUGGUUAUUUAAGUAGUGCUGAUUAUGAAGUUUUGGAUCAAUGGUUCAGGUGGAUCAGAAGUAAUGUGGACAUUAAACUUGAUUUGAUUGUCUAUUUACAGAGUAGUCCUGAGGUUGUUUAUGAAAGAGUGAAGAAAAGGGCAAGACCAGAGGAAAAUACAAUAACUUUGGAAUAUUUGACUCAACUGCAUGAGAGUCAUGAAAGAUGGUUGAUGAGCAAUAAUGAGAGAUUUAAUACAGUACCUGUUCUUGUUUUGGAUGCUGACAAAACCAGAGAUGAGAUUUUAGCACAGUACAAAGAAAAUGAAAGUAAAAUUAUGGGCCAUGAAUCUAGAGGAACAAUAAAAGUAAAUCCAGAGGAUAAAACCAAAGUAAAAAAAACUUUGGAAUUAUAAAUAAACCAAAAUUGAUAUUUAACUCAAAAUGUAUAAAACAUAUUAAAUUUAUACAAUUUAUUAUUAUUAAGGAGAUUUGUACAUUUUGUAAAGAUAAUAAAAAUUAAUUAACACA